UUAACCAAAAUAUUAGUGAUUCAAAUUUGUAAAUCCAAAAUCUAAACCAAUGGCUGUCAGCUUCUCUCCAAUUUUACACUUACCACACUCGUUACCAUCUCCUCCUCCCCUCAAAUCCUCAAGAACAAAAAUCUCAGCCACUGCAUCACUCUCCUCCUCCUCCUCCUCAUCUUCAUCUGCGUCCCAAAUGGAUCUCCACAACCAGGGACGUCAGAAAUUCAUAGAAUUCCCAUUUGUCUCUGCCCCACACAGGGAUCUCAUGGUUAAUCUCUUAUCAACGGUGGAGGAUCGACUUGGCUCACACCUCCUCCCUUGUACACUUCCCCUUGACGUACAACACUGCCAGAACGAAAGUGGGAGCGCCCAAGCUUCACUUCAUAUCAGAUCAGGUCUUCAGUCUUCCCAGGUGGAUUUCAUAUUGGGAAGUUGGCUGCACUGUAAACUACCUACCGGCGGAGCAUUGAACAUAACUAGCCUAUCUGCCUAUCUGAACCCUUCAACAGAUGCACCAAAUUUCAUGAUUGAGCUAAUCCAGAGUAGUCCAACAUCACUGGUCUUCAUUCUUGACUUGCCUCCACGGAAGGACCCCGUCCUUUCUCCAGACUAUCUUCAAACUUUCUAUGAGAACACCCAGUUAGACACUCAUAGGCAGAUGCUUGCGAAACUCCCUGAGGUUCAACCCUACGUCUCUUCAUCCCUUUAUCUCCGUUCUGUCCUCUCGCCUACAGUCGUUAUGAUUCAAAUAGGAGCUCAAGCGGGUGGACCAGAACGAAUGGAGGAGAUAGUAAAAAAUCACAUAGAUCCUACUGCCCAGGAAGUUUUAGGGAUUUGGUUGGAUCAUUGCGCUCGUGGAGAAAGAUUGGUGGGAGAGGAAGAGAAGGCUUAUAUGAUGAAGCGAGAUGAGCUAAUAAAGAAAAAAACUAUUGAGAUUGAUCUAGGCACAAACUUUCCAAGAUUGUUUGGUCCAGAAGUCACCGAUAGAGUAUUAGGAGCCAUACAAAAGGUUUAUAACAUCUGACUUCUGAGGUUGAUCCCGCUUGAGAAUCAAGAUUGAAUAUUAUCCUUAUGCUAUGGAUCUACAGAAGAAAAAUAAAAAGGAAUGGUAUGCAUUAGCAAUUUAGUAUAGUUUUACCUCCAUUUCACAUGCAGAAACUUUGAUGCAACCUGCAAAAAACAUCUUUUAAUUGCAGUGUACAUUUGGUAGAACAGAAUGUAACGCAAUAGGAAGAAAAUAAUGAUUUUUUCUUCUUCUCUUA